GGUAAGGAUAAGGCAGAAAUGAGGUGAGGAGGAAAAGUGCAAAACUGAGCAGGUUGUAAAAGAAAAAAACUUCAAUGAAAUUAAAUGAGUUCAAUAUAAAUUAACAGUACAGUAACAGUAAGUGAAAUUCUAACACUUCUACCUUAAUCCUUUGCAGCCAGCCUGCGCCAGAGCAGGUUAACAGCCAGGCUAUGAUUAAUCCUGGAGUCUCAUGUGUUAAUCAAUCAAUCAAACGACAAAACAAUCAUUUGCCGCUCUGAACCGAAAUAAACGCGUUCAACAGUUAUUCCGUUGUCUUUUGAUUUAUUUUUAUCGACAUGUUUUACACCCGUCCUGUGUAGCUAGACGGUAAUAAGUGAAUCUGCUGAAGGUUCAAACGCUGAACCUGACUGCAUACUAAGCCCCGCCCCUCCACCUGAGAGCGGAGUUGUUGGAUUGGCUGUUUAGUGUCGGGACAAACCAAUUAAAUCGCUACCACGUUAGACUGUCAGGGAUUACACGCGUUCUGAAUCUUGUACAUAUAAAACAAACUAUUCUAAUUUGCAUAAACUGCAACCAUUGAACUGUAAUAUUAUUAAUCUCUAGCUAAAACUCCUUUUUAUCCACCUGUAUCUAUUUUUACAGUACGUUUUAGAAAUCUAUACCGUGCUGUCUAAAUUAAUUUGGUUCCCGCGCUACACAUUACUUGUCACUGAGUUUGAUUUUACUAUUGCAGUUGUUUGGAUGGUUAGAAAUGGUUGAUGAGGUUGCAACGGUAAUUUCAAUGAAGUCAGUGAUGAGGGCGAUACAUAAAGUCCCACCCACCCUCCGUGUUUCUUCCUGCACCAUGGCGUGCCCAUUGCUGGACAACGUUUGGGAUGAAAUUAUAUAUUCAGUUUCCUCCAAUCUCUUUUUCUCCGGUGCUGUAGAGCAUGUUAAUCACUCCUGUGCUGUCAUCUCUUCCGCAUGACCCACAUGGUCUGUUUAGCCUCUUGGGCAGAGCAAGGAGACACAUUCGGAAUACAUCCACACACUCGUCCACACACACUGGAUUCACCUGCCUUCGGUAUGGACCUGAGACUCCUGUUGGUAGCUUCUGCUCUCCUCCUGGGGGCCACGCUCAGCCUCUCACCGGCUGACGGAACCUCACAGUGCAAAAUCAAAUGGUUGUUCGGCAUCUCGUGCGAAGAUGUAACUGUGAAGCUGGUGAGCCAGAUCAAGGCCUGGCAGAUUGGGCAAAGCUGUCAAUAUACCGGAGAGAGGUGCUCGUACGAGCUUGUGUCAACAGCUCCAUACGUGAUCAAAGCCGCGCACACGUCUCCUGGAACCAAAAACGUCAAUGACCUUCAGUUUCUCCUGGAGCAGUCCACCGUUUGCAAAGUGACCGGAGAAGCAGUAUCUGAGUUCUCCGAAGACCUAGCCGAUGACAGCGUAAACUACUGCAGCCUCCAGAACCUCAUGGACGGAAGUGACCUGAUCAAGGCAGAGGGAUACAAACAGUUCAGCAAUAAGUGGAUCUGUCCCGGGUUCGAUUCCGCCAACUGCACCUUACUUUAGGCGGAAAUCUCACAACGUCUUCAGAGAAUACUGGUUCCUAACAGUGUAUUUAUCUUCUUCUUGUAUUCACGUAGGCCUCAUAAAGGUACAUAGUAAUCAUCUAAGACACACUGUAAAUGUAGUUUUAAAUGAUUUGAUACAAAUGAUUCAGUUAUCGGUUUCACAUGAACACAGAUGUUAACACCUGAUGCCUCUGAAUUGUAUGAACAAUUUCCAAUAAAUCAAUCAAAGCAAAAA